AUUUUCCAUAUGACGUAUGACCUGGCGAGUGCAGUGGUAAGAAUAUUUAAUUUGAUAGGGAUGAUGCUGCUUCUUUGUCACUGGGAUGGCUGUCUCCAGUAUCUGGUGCCUCUCCUCCAAGACUUCCCGCCUGACUGCUGGGUGUCCCUAAACGGUAUGGUUAAUGUUUCCUGGGGUAAGCAGUACUCUUAUGCCCUCUUCAAAGCCAUGAGUCACAUGCUGUGCAUCGGAUAUGGUGCCCGGGCACCCGUCAGCAUGUCUGACCUGUGGAUCACCAUGCUUAGUAUGAUUGUGGGUGCCACGUGCUACGCUAUGUUCGUGGGCCACGCUACGGCCCUUAUCCAGUCAUUGGACUCCUCACGCAGACAGUACCAAGAGAAGUAUAAGCAAGUAGAGCAAUACAUGUCCUUCCACAAACUACCUGCAGACCUGCGGCAGAAAAUCCACGACUACUACGAACACCGUUACCAGGGCAAAAUCUUCGAUGAAGACAACAUCCUGAGUGAACUCAAUGACCCGCUCAAGGAGGAAAUCGUCAACUUCAACUGCCGUAAACUCGUAGCCACCAUGCCUCUGUUUGCCAAUGCGGACCCCAACUUUGUGACCGGGAUGCUGAGCAAGUUGAAGUUCGAGGUUUUUCAGCCCAAUGACUACAUUAUCAGGGAAGGCACGGUGGGGAAGAAGAUGUACUUCAUUCAGCACGGUGUGGCAAGUGUCAUCACAAAGUUCAACAAAGAGAUGAAGCUUACUGAUGGAUCCUACUUUGGAGAGAUCUGUCUGCUCACCAAAGGCAGACGGACUGCGAGUGUGCGUGCAGACACCUAUUGUCGACUCUUCUCCCUCUCGGUCGACCAUUUUAAUGAGGUGCUAGAAGAGUACCCCAUGAUGCGCCGUGCUUUUGAAACUGUAGCCAUUGACCGAUUGGACCGUAUUGGGAAGAAGAACUCCUUGCUGCUGCAGAAGUUCCAGAAGGAUCUGAACGCCGGCGUUUUCAACACGCAGGAGAACGAGAUACUGAAGCAGAUUAUCCGCCAGGACAGGGAGAUGGUGAUGAUGGUGGACCGCAAGCAGUCGGUCACUGGGAUGAACUCAACCCCUCUGUCCGGAAACUCCAUCAUUAACUCUCCGGCCCAGCCACCUUACUCCGCCGCCUUCGGCGCCGCUCAGCUGCAGCAGUCUUCGGUACCCAUGACCUACAGUGCUUCGGCCAUCGCCAACGCCUCCGUCGCCCGCAUGCUGCCGGCCGCCGCCGCGGCCGCCGCCGCGGCGCAGGGGGUCUUCCCGGCCCCCAGCGUCUCCCACGGCAGCCUGAAUUCUUCCCUGACCAACCCACAGACACCGCUGCAGCAGCAGCAGCAGGGCGCCAUCAUGUCCCCCUGCUCCUUCACGGCCGCCAUGUGCAGCCCGCCCGUGCAGACCCCCUUGGCCGGCCGGAGCUUCCAGUACGGCUCGCCCACGGCCUCGCAGCUGUCCCUCAUCCAGCAGCCGCCUCUGCAGCAGCAGCUCGGUCAGCAGCCCGCCGUGUCCGGCGCGGCCGCGGCCUCGGCCUCGGCCGGCCAGCAGGCCUCGCCUCAGCAUCAGCAGCAGCAGCAGCAGGUCCCCUCGCCCCAACGGGGAGACAUCCACAAGAGCACACAGGCUCUUCAGUCAGGCAGCUUGAGUAGAGAUGUCCGACACCUGUCGGCCUCCCAACCGUCACUGCCACAUGACACGUCUCUGGGGCCCAGGGCGCACCCGGCCUCGGGGGACUCUCUGGCCUCCAUCGUGCCGCCGACGGCGGCGGCCAUCCAGGGAAUGAGCCUGCAGGGCGGCAUCCGCACCACGGUGCCCCAGCGGGUCAAUCUGUUCCGGCAGAUGUCGUCGGGGGCGCUGCCGCCCGUGCGCUCGGCCGCAGCGGCCGCGGCGGCGGCGGCGGCGGCGGCGGCCGCAGCAUCGUCAUCCUCAGCCCAGCACCGGGAAUCAUCACCCGGAUCCAGGAGAGAUUCCGUCCUGAGCAGUACAGAGACUGAGCAAGACAAAAUGCGUUUUGCGUCAAAUUUAUGA